UGGUGAAUUAGUUUCCUGCGCAGUUCCACAGAACACAGAGAGGAGGAGGGGUGUGCAAAGAAGGUUAGCCAGCGAUUGAAGAAAAUGGCGAUCAUGCAGGACGAAUGCCUCCCUUCAUAGAUGCUGCAAAUGCGUUAAAUUUCUUUAGCCUUACAGCCGGCUUUCAUUUCCACUCUGUUGCACUUUAAACUUUAUGAGAGAUUUGGAAUUGGAAGCUGUUGCCACCAAAGAAACUGAAGAGUUAAAACAGGGAACCCACCCACAGAACGAAGAACAGUGGAUGGAAGAGAGAGAGAGAGAGUGAGAGAGAGAGAAGCGUAAGAGAGUGAAGAAGCAGAAUAAGACAACAUAGAAGACUGGUCAACAGUGCCAGAACAUAUCAAGUGUAGGCAAAGACCUGAACCUUGGCCUGACAGUCGAAACCACAUCCCCCCUCUAUUAAACCCAGACGUACACGCACACACCAAACACACACGUCCCAGCGUGCUCAGCAAUGCCAACGGGGCUCCAGCCAGCUGCCAGCCUCUGUGCCCGCUCCGACAAGUCCCACUCCCUUUCUGCUGACCCUUGAGGGCCCUGACCCCCUGACCUGUGACCUCUUGACUGUCGCCCUGGGAACCAGAGAGCAGCUGCCCUCCACACAGCCAGGGGGCGCCCUGAGGGCCAGCGAGGGAGCGCAGCAGCGUGCCUCUCUCACAGGCAUGGCUCCCAUUCGGGACUCGGUCAGCCACUCCCCUAACCAAACAGGUUUAGAUCACCCAGGUCUGGAUUCGCAGUAUGAGAAUUCUCCCUGGAGCUCUAGUUCUCCGUGCAGCGACAGCAACAGUAACUGGGGGAAGGUUCUAGUGGACGGCUGCAGCGACAAGACCUCCCCCGUCUGGCCCUCCAUCUCCGGCCCCGCCUCCGGAUCCGGCUCUGGCAGCGACCCGGAGCUCGCCUCAGAAUGCAUGGAUGCCGAUUCCGCCUCUAGCUCGGGCUCAGAGAAAAACCUCGCCAUGAUGGCUUCCUCCGCCGCCACCGUCAACGGAGACAGCAACGGGAACCGACAGAUGGUCGUUGGAAACGGCGGCAGCAGCAACAGCUCCCACCACUCCUUGGCCGGCGCCGGCAGCAAUAACGGGGACGUGACGGGCCCCUGGGGCCUCCCCAACGGCUCCACGCUAAGCACAGGCCCCAACACGGACGGCUCGGCAGGGAAGAUGGCCGUCGACGGUGGCCACGGCAACAAGCUCAACAGCGCUUGGGGCGCCCCGGGCCCCUGCACCAAUCACGGUGCCUGGCCAGGAAUGCAGAACAAUGGGCUCAACGGCCCCCACAGCCUUGUGGGUAACGGUGGCGGUGUCCAGCGUGCUCCAGACACCCAGGGUUUAAACGCUAAGCUAGGCCUGCAGGCUCCCCUGGGCUGGGGGGGCAUGGCCGACAGCAUGGAAGAGCCCGAGGGCAAUGGUACAAACAAGGUGUUGGGCAGCAGCAACAGUGGUCAGCCUAACCUUAACACUGAAAUGAAUGGACCAAAUAACACUACUACUACUAACACCAUGACCUCUAGUUUACCAAACUCUACUGGUUCGGUGCAGAUGAGCGAGCCCGGCUCAGGCCUCGGCUCCUGGGGCGGCGGAAGUGGUGGGGGACCCCAUGCCCUCCCCAACGGUGCCGCUGUUUCCCAGCACUCCCACGGCGAGGGGGCUUUCGGUACGCCCUGGGGGGGCACGACCUACCCCGGAGACAAGGGCUCCAAUGGAGACACUGUGAACCCCAACCCCUCCCUCCAACAGGCUGCCUCCCCCCAGCCCUCUGCUGCUGCUGCUUAUAAAAGUAAUAAUAACAACAACGCUGGGCCUGGCCCUCGCUGGGACUCCAGCCCCACUAACCCCCCCACACAGAAUCAGUCCUGGGGGGGCGCCUCCACCCCUGCCCCGGCAAACGGGAUGGCUCCCCCCGCGGGCCUCCCUCGCCCCUGGGGGAGCAGCGCCUCGUCGUCCUCAUCCUCCUCCUCUUCCUCCUCCAAUACUAAGGCCUCGAAUGGAGAGUGGAGCGCCCCGCCGCCCGGCAGCUCUCAGCAUUCCAGCGAGAUCAGCGGCCGCAAGGGGGGCACCAACGGCUGGAAGAGCCUCGAGGAUGACGCCCUGGCCAUGGGUGCGGGCGGGACGCAGGGCCCGCAGAGCGGGGUCGGAGGCUGGGGCCGAUCUGGCGGCAGCGAGGGCAGCGGAGAGAGCUCCGGAGGCCGCAGCUCGGACAGAGACGGCCAGCGCCCCCGCCGCAGAGCCCCUCCCGCCGGGCCCCCCCCCGUUCAGCCCACCGUCGGCCGCGUCGAUGUGGACCCCCGCGUCCUUUCCAACACCGGCUGGGGUCAAACCCCCGUGCGCCAGAACACCUCUUGGGAUGUGAAGCCUGCUCCAGUACCUGCUCCCAGGAUGGAGGAGCGCAAGCCCAGUAAUGGAGGCCCUGGUUGGGGCUCAACUGGCCAGUCAGUCCCCUCCCAGCCCAGCAACUCAGGGGGUUGGGGAGAUGGGCCUGGAGGUCCAGGCAAAGACUCACCAGGGUCUGGCUGGGGGGAACAGAAAACCUCAGCUGGCUGGGGAGAAGGCAAAGCCCCUGGGACCUGGGAAGAUGGCCCUAACUACAACAAGAGCAAUAACACCUGGGGAAACAACAACAAGGAAGACAGGUCCAACACCUGGACCAAUGCUCCCAAGCCCAAGCAGGACUGGGGUGCCCCCUCUGGCGGGGAAGGCUGGGGUGGAGGUGGAGGCCCCAGAGGAGGUGGAGGGGGUGGCAACAAUCACUGGGAGCCCCAGAAGAGUGCAAGUUCUGGAGGCUGGGACGCUGACAGCGACCGCUCAGGGACUGGAUGGGGCGAGCAGCCCAGGCCCAACAACAACUGGGGAGGCAGCGGAGGGUCCAACAACCCUGACCAGGGCAACGCUCCCAACUCCGGGUCUGGCUGGGGGGAACCCGCAAAACCCGUCUCCCAGAACAACCAGGGGUGGGGGGAGCCCUCCAUGAAGCAGCCCAACCACACACCUCAGAACUGGGGAGACGCCCCCAAACCCUGCCCCUCCAACGAAUGGGGAGGAAAGGGUCCUGAUUGCAACCCAGGCCCGGGCCCAAUGUCGAGAGGCCCCCCAGGGCCCCAGACCACCAACCCUGCCUCUGUCAAGCCAGCUGGCUGGGUGGGCGGGCCCGUCCCUCCCUCCCAGAAGGAGGAGGAGUCUACUGGGUGGGAGGAGCCAUCCCCUGAGGCAGUCCGACGCAGGAUGGAGAUAGACGACGGGACUGCAGCCUGGGGAGACCCCAACAAGUACAGCGGAGGAGCCGUCAACAUGUGGAACAAGAACAACCAAUCGGAGCAGGGGGGCAUGAGUAUGAACACCCCCCCCCAGCCCCAGCCUCAGCCUCAGCCCCACCCCCAACCCAUGCAGCCCCUGCCUCCUCAGAACAUCAUGACUGGCAAGGACAAGAACUGCAGCCCUAGCUGGGCUGAACCAUACGGAGGGCCCCAGAAGGGGGAGUCCUCGUGGGGAGAGCCGGCUGGCCCUCCAGUGUCUGUGGACAACGGUACAUCGGCCUGGGGCAAGCCCAUGGAUACCUCCUCCACCUGGGAGGAGCCGGGCUCCGGCUCUGGAAGGGACAGGGACAGGGAGAGGGAGAGGGAGAGGGACAGCUCCAACACCUGGGGAGGAAGCUCCGGGCCUGGGACACACAACCACCACAAGCCUGGAGGAGUGAAGCCUAUGGAGCGCUGGCACGGGGAGGAGGUGUCCAUGGGGGGCUGGGAGCCUGAGGAGGAGGUGGAGAUCGGCAUGUGGAACCCCCCCAACCAGGACAACAGGGAGCAGAACAGCUGGAACUACAUGAAGAAGGUUCCUCCCAAGAUGAACAAACCAGUGAGCAAGCAGGAGGACACCUGGAUGAAUCCGUUCGUCAAGCAGUUCAACAACAUGAACUUCUCUAGAGACUCCCCUGAGGACUCCAUGAAGAGCAAUAAGAUGGAGAUGGGUGGAGGGAUGAUGUCAGACAAGCGCAUGGAUGGAAGCAUGGGCGAGUACAACGGCGUGAUCGGCAAGACCCCCGGCUCUCGCCACCAGAUCCACAAGGAGGCGUCCAUGGAGCGCAGCCCCUACUACGACAAGCGCUCCCUGUCCCCUGCUGCUUACGAUAGCUCCGCUUCCGACGAGCUCUCCUCCAAUCAAAGCAUGAGCUUUUCCCCUACCAACACUGCUCAGCCUAUCCCCUGUCACGGCUCCGUGCAGGCUCACGCUCACCCUAGCUCUGGGGCCGGUAGGCAGAAUGUAAACCCCAUGUUCAGUGGCAGUACUGCAGCACAAGGCCGAAACGGCCCCCAGCCCCCGGCCCAGUCCCUCAACUCAGCCCAGCCCAACCUCCGCAACCAAGUGCCUCCACCAAUCCUGCCCUCUCAGGUCCCUCCAUCUCUUUUGAAGUAUCCCAACAGUAACGGUCUGAACCCCCUGUUUGGGCCACAGCAGGUGGCUGUUCUCAACCAACUGUCCCAGUUAAACCAGCUGUCUCAGCUCAACCAGAUCCAGCAGUUACAGCGCCUCCUCCUCCAGCAGCAGCAGCAGAAAGCCCAGAGCCAGAGGCCCAUGCCUGUGGGACGCCAGCAGGACCAGAGUCGUCAGUCUAUGAUGCAGCCCCCGAGGCACCUCGACCCCUCCCUGCUGAAACAGGCCCCCAUAUCCCACCAGCCCCUCAAGCUCUACAUGGACAACUACAUACCCCAGAACCUCCCAGAGCUUCAGAAGGACCCUGGCUCCAUGAACUCCUUCUCCAACUUCCCUUUAGGCUCGAACUCUAACAUGAAUGUAAACAUGGACAUGGGCGGUGUGGGGUACAAGGAGCCUCAGUCCCGUCUGAAGAAGUGGACAGCCAUGGACAUGUCUGUCAACUCUCCUCUGGACCAGAACAGCAAACCUGGUGCUAUGUCGUCUGGGCUGCGUCUGGAGGACUCUCCCUUUGGUCCGUAUGACUUCCUGUCUACUGGCCCUUCCCCCCUCAGCCCUCCUGGCCAAUCAAUGGGCUCAGUGGGCGACGGCUGGCCACCCCGUGCCAAAUCCCCUCACGGAAACACCAAUGUCACCUGGCCCCCAGAGUUCCGUCCUGGCGAGCCCUGGAAAGGUUACCCCAACAUUGACCCUGAGACUGACCCCUUCGUGACCCCUGGCAGCGUCAUCAACAACCUCUCCAUCAACACCGUCCGCGACGUCGACCACCUCAGGGACAGGAACAAUGGGCCAUCCUCAUCACUGAACACCACAAUGCCUUCUAACAGUGCCUGGUCAUCCAUUCGUGCCUCCAGCCACAGCGGUUCCCUCACCAGUACAGCACAAAGCACUUCAGCCAGAAACAAUGAGUCCAAGUGGUCUCCCGGAGGUUCUGUGUCCAACUCCUCGCUGGCCCAUGAGCUGUGGAAGGUCCCUCUGCCCCACAAGGGUCUGUCUGCCCCCUCCCGGCCUCCUCCCGGCCUGACCGGACAGAAGCCCUCCUCAUGGGACAACGCCCCCCUGCGCAUGGCUGGCUGGGGCUCUGACUCCAGAUACACCCCCGGGUCCAGUUGGGGGGACAGCAGCAGCUCAGGGAGAACUAAUUGGCUCGUUCUCAAGAAUCUCACACCUCAGAUUGAUGGCUCCACCCUGAGGACCCUGUGUAUGCAGCACGGUCCUCUGAUCACAUUCCACCUCAACCUGCCCCACGGCAACGCUGUCGUCUGCUACAGCUCCAAGGAGGAGGCUGCAAAGGCGCAGAAAAGUCUGCAUAUGUGCGUUUUAGGGAACACUACUAUUCUGGCUGAGUUUGCAAGUGAAGAUGAAAUCAACCGUUUCUUUGCACAAGGUCAGUCUUUGGCUGCUGCAUCCCCAGGCUGGCAGGCUAUUGGCUCCUCACAGAGCCGCAUGGGCGGCGCCAUGGAGGGGUCACACCCUUUCUCAAGCCGUGCUCCUGAGCCCAGCCAGUGGAAUAGCAGCGACAUCCACAGCUCCUCCCUUUGGGGUGGGUCUAACUAUUCCACUAGCCUAUGGGGGAGCCCUAGUGGCAGCGAGGGCGGGAGGAUCAGCAGUCCCUCUCCAAUCAGCUCCUUCCUCCCUGUUGAUCACCUGACAGGGGGUGGGGACUCCAUGUGAAUCACCUGUCACUCAAGCAAGGGGGACCCUCAGAGUCAGAAGAGAAUCAUAAUCACAAGAGAAAGUAUCACUCAAAGACAAACAAAAAAAAAAGAUGUAGAAAAACGCAAUGGCACUAGUUGGACUCUUUCUCACUUACAGAUAUACAGCGGGGUUUCCCCUGUGGAAAAUAAGUUACGUUUCUCUCUGCACAUAUGUCCACUUUGUUUUAGCCCAAAAACAUAUCAGUUGGAAUACUUGAAUCACGCAGGCCAAUUCUAUAAUGUGAAAGGAUAGAUAUACGCUUCCACUUAGUGCUCUUUCAGACCGAAAAAAAAAAACUUCAAUCGAGCUCAUUUAUGUUUAUUCAUCAUGUUCAUUUGAAUUCCAAUUCUUUUAUUUUUAUUAUUUGCAUUUGUUUGCUGACAAUGUUGGAGUCUGAGCUUUUUUAACUUUGCACUGAAUGUGGUUUUUCUCAGUAUAUAUAAUCUGCAAUAUAGAGGGAGCAGCCAGUUUUCCAGUGUAGCUGUUUACUCAUGGAGGUCCUUACUGUGUGUGUGUGUACUUGAAUGAGUGUUAGUGUGACUGAGUGUGUGUGUGCGCGCGCUCCUCUCUGCCUUGGCACGCCUACCUUACCGCGGUGUCGUGGAGAUCAAGAUCAACAGAUAGUUAUUAAAGAAAAAAUGCUGACUUAGGGUUAUCUGAUGAUAUUAAAGUGACAUUAAAAGUAUUGCACCAAUUUAGUGUUUUAAAACUAAAGAACGUGAGCUCUGCAGUGCAAAGAACUGUAGCCGCAGCUGGGACUAGCAAGCCCCUCCCACCAGCCAUGGGGGUGGGGACUAGUAGGCCCCUCCCAUCAGCCAUGGGGGGGCGGGGACAAGCAGGCCCCUCCCACCAGCCGUGGGCAGGGGGGGAUCAGCACUUUCAGAAUAGGCUUUCAAUGUUGUUUUGGAGGUGCCACACUGCAACCUCUUGUUUACAAGACUUAGGAGGGGAAACGUGUGUUCAUUCUUCCAUCAUUUUAAAACAAAAAAAAGGAAAAAAUAUACUAAAAAAAGUUUAAAUGCUGUUCAAAAAAUUGUACAAAAAAAUUAUAAAUACUGAAAAAAAACACAAAAAAAUGUGUUGAGGAUGAAGACGAUGCUUUGUAUCUCUGGGAAUUCGGAUCAGUGUUUUGGCCAUGGCGUUGGUUGUUUGACCUAUUCCUCUCGUCUGCUAAAUAACCAGCAGUGGUUCUCAGGAAAUCAAGCCAGUUUUCCCCCCCUUGUAGAUAGAUACUCCUCGUAGGAAGAAAAAUCCAACUUUUAGCACUGAAAACUACUUAUAGGUCUAAGUUUUUCUCUGCCAAAUAACUGCUUUAAGCUGGAGAAGCUCGACACACUGCUGUCCAAUAUGCUGUCUUCUACUGGAGGUCUGGGGCUGGAGGUGGGUGGCAGAAUCAGAAUGCUCCCUCACUCCUCUCCUUUUCUCCGCUCCACUGGUGUGAUCAGUGAGAGUAGUUUGUGACUGACUGUCAGUGGAAAUGUCCUGUCAGACUGUAACCAAGAAAAAGCUGAAUCUAUGCAUACUGUAGCCACUCACAAGGCCUGCAGAGGGGCUUUUUCUGUCCAUGUCACAAGUCAAAUGUUUUAAAUGUUUCAAUAAUUAAUUAAUGCGAAAAUAUACCUUGUUUCGAAUUACUCAUUGCCACAGAUAGUGUUGGAAAAAAAGGAAAGAAAAAGAAAAAAAAAUCUUGUUUUUGUUGGUGAUGAUAAUAUUUUAACAGUGCAAAAGUCGUCCAUAUUUCAUUGCCUUGAUUCUAAUUGUGUCCGAAGAUGCAACAAGUCAAGUGGCUUUUACCUGUUUACAACUAGAAUAUGAUUGUAUUGUGUACUGUUUGGUUUGUGCUGAUCUGAAGUUCCUGACCUGACAAUGAAUACGUCUGUGUGUUAGGCUGCUCCACACCGGCAGGUGUGUGUGUGUGUCUGUCUGUGUGUGUGUUUGUUUGUUUGUUUCACUGCAGGGGUCGGGUGGGUCGUUCCUGGUGACUCAGCGAGGAGUGGGAGGGAUAGUGUGGGUGGGUGGAGGAAUGGUCUGAAGGGGUGAAUGUAAUCCAUCGGUGGUAGUUGAAAAUACACCCAUUUGAAUAAUGUACAUAGAUUUACCGACUAUUUACAAUAUUGAUUGUUUAGUUACAAUGAUGCACAAUUUGUGAAAAGCUUCAAAGAGAGAGCGAGAGAUGUCAGCAUUAGGCGAAGCCAUGGACCUUAAUUUCUUUUCUUUAUUAUUUUGUGUGUAAAGCUGUUCUCUCCAGUAGUUUUCUUUCAGUAGAAUUUGCUAGUUGUGUUUUAAGUUAUCCGUAUUUAAUGACUUAAAAGCAUAGUACAAAACCCUUGAGUAUUACCCUGACUUGAUAGUGGUGUGUGCCAGUAUUGAACCAUAUAAGUAACUGCUCUACCAAAUAUAAUUCAAUCAAAAAGAUAUGUUUACUUAAUUCCAGAUCUUGCUUAUAUCUCACUUUUGUUUAACAAAUGUUAUUAAGUGGAACAUUGGAACCAGGUUGUUUUUUCUAAUAACUUUAUUGACAAAUUGAACUGAGGAGCCUUGGAUUUGCACUUGGUGUAUUUAUAGCUUGACAAGAGUGAAGAGGUUAGGAGGAGGUCAGGGUGCUCUGUCUGUCAGACAGGGAGAGGGAGAGAGAUGGCUGAAGCUGAAUCAGUAUACAAUUGACUCCAGGGUGAAGUUGGUCCUGUGGCACAGACCUGGGGUCAGUUUGCCCUUCCCCAGUCGGAAACUUAACUCAAGACUGACCCCCCCCAACCCUGAGUCCAGGGCCCUCCUUGCCCUGCUCCUAGAGAAGGGACUAGCAGCCUCUUCUGAGGCAUCCACCCCUUUCAUCCAUCCCCUCUCUGCUGUUCUGCUGUCCAACCCCAUGGUUGUUCAUGGUCUCUCCCUGCUUAGUGUAGUCCAGUCUGUUUACUGCUACUGGGUUUUUGGACAACCCGGUCUCUCACAGACGCUGUUAGUGUGUGUGCUUGUGCGUGUUCAUUUUUGAACUCACUGUCAUGCCAAAUUGAGGAGGGUGCGAGGGAGGAAAGGGAUUGAUUGCUAGGUUUUUUUGUGUGUGUGUGUGUAGAAGCUGGACAAUGUAUAUGCUUGAAAUGUCAUUUGCAAAAGGAUGUUGUGAGGAAUUGAGAUAAAAACUUAAAACCAUGAGCAAUGUACAAUCCCCAUCGCUGCCUAGCAGCCUGUAUGAAGGCCAGGUGUAGGGAAGGGAGGGGGCCUGGCCUGUGAUACUAUACUACUUUUGUAUUUAAAAAUGUUGUCCUUUUUCUGACUUGCUAUCCUGUGAGCAAAUACUAUAUAUACACCCAUGUCUAUUAAAUAAUGGUUCCUACUGUCCAACAAUGCGCUAAGGCAAUUUGACUUUACAAAAACUGUGAGUUUAUGCUGUCUUUGUCAUUUUACAUUUAGUAUACACAAACCCUGAAAAGCUUUAGUCUAACCAGCACAAAGACUCGGGGUAAGGGGUGGGGGGGUUGAGGGUCAGGGAGGGAGGGGCGGGAGGGUUUGGGAUGGGCCUCAGAGAGACUAUGCAGUGGAGUUCAAAUCCAGGCUUCCAUGUCCAUGUGGGUUUGCUUUCCCUUAUCCCAAAUAGACCACAGACGCGACGGGAUCCCAAUUAUCUCUGAAACACGUGUUGUGCCAUUGUUCAAACUAAUAAACCUUUAUUACCUAGAAAUCAUCGGCCAGUUGUAGCAGAAAGCGCAUUAGGAUUCGCAAUGUCCUUCUCACAGCAUCCCUCUGAAUGAUUACAGAAGGGACUAGUGAAUCUGCAAAUUUUCAACUACAACUUUUUGUAUAGAGAUUCUAUCAGACAAGAGGAAGGAUGAAUAGAUUGCUCACUUGUAACCUAUAUGCACAUUGCUUCUGGGAGACUGUUUAAAAAGUAUGUAUAGAAAAUGUAAACAAUGUCUAUAAUUACAUACCAACUUAAAUGAACAGGAAGUACUUUUCAUUGUCUUCCUGGGGUCAUCUUAGGAUUUUAUCUUUGGGGAACUGCACUUUUUGAAGGACAAUCCUUAUUAGUAUGGGUAUAAUUGAGAAAUCGAAGUCGCCUGAUACAAGGUAGAAACCAACUCCAGUGUAUUCUAAUGAAUGUCUCCUCUGAUGCUGUCAUUUUGUUUUUAUUUGAUCCUUUUCCCCACUUUGUUGCUUGUUUUUUUUUUUCUUGUUUUCUUGAUUAGUGCUCUUAAGAGAAUCUGUAAUGAGGUGUAGACUAGUAGUUUGUAGGUCCUCUGUUAGUUGUACUUGUAGACUGAUAACUGUUUGUAACCUUCUGACCCUGUUGUCGGAUUACAAAGCUGUAUAACUUGGGUACAACCCUCAAUAAAAGACUAACAGUGAUCCACCC